GACAGCGAUCUGUAAUCAACACUGAAAAGAGACUGAAAGAGUUGAGAUGACAAAUUAACUUCGUCUCUUAUUAGAAGACAUUUAUGAAAUAAGAAUAGUCAGGUACAAGGGGGAGGGGCAUAAACACCAAAGAAGAAGAAGAAGAAGAAGAAGGGAAACCUGCUUCACAAUAAAAGUGAAGGAGAAGAAAAUGGGGAUUUGACUUGGAAUUGAAAGGAGAACGUUGUAAGUGGAAGGCAGAGAGAAGGGAGGGAUGAAGUCAUUAAUGGGGGAGGAGGAGGAAGGGAGGGGGGAGAGGGGGGGUUAAACUCAAGUGCAGCAGAGAAGGAGCGGAGAGGGAGCAACGUUAGAAAAGACGAGAAGGAUUCAGAGAGGAAGAAGGCUUUUCUUUUUUCAUCGCUUGGAGUACCUGAGAGACACACACACACACACACAGACACACACAGAUACACAAAGACACACACACACACACACACACACACACACACACACAGACACACAUAGAUACACAAAGACACACACAGACACACACACACACACUCCGGUCCAAUGCUCCGGCUGGAUGGACUGACACCAUCACCUCCGACACCGACCUCUGGGACCAGACAUGCAUUUCGACUAUGUGGGCGAACUCGCGUGGGCCACCAUGCUGGGUCAGAGCGUGCGGCUGCAGCCGGUUCCGAUCCAGAGCCUGUCGGAGCUGGAGCGGGCCCGCCUACAGGAAGUGGCGCUGUACCACCUGGAGCAGAGGGACCUGGACUUCAGGAUCAGCAUCCCGAGAGAAACACACAAACGGCGAAAGUCCCUCCGCAGGAAGUUUGACUCCUUCUCGAAGGAAAAGAGAGAGCGAGAAUCGGCCCCCCAGGCGUUCGGCAUCCCGCUGUCCCAGGUCAUCGCCAACGACCGCGCCCACAAGCUGCGGCAGGACGCCCUGAAGGAGAGCCGCCGCGACUGCCUGGACCUGGAGGCCAGCGUGCUGCUCUUCCGGGCCGAGAAGAGGCAGCUCUUCAACGGGAGCAGGCCGCCGGGCUCCUCCUCCUCCUCCUCCGGCACGGCGGCGGGGGCCGGGGGGGGGCCCGGCUCGCCGUGCGCCAACUCCGUGGCGCCGGCGCCGUUUUUGGAGACGGCGCUCAAACCGCUGUCGUUUCUGGACAACGCGGGGCGGGGACAGAGGAGGGGCGGGCUGUCCGUGGACUCCAUCUCCGACCUGGUGGAGAGUCAGUCUCGCCUGCUGGAGGCGCUGCAGCUCUCUCACCCGGCCGAGCUGGAGCUGAUGAGGUCGCCGGGCGGAGGAGGCGGAGUCACGUCUGAGGGGCGGACCCAGACCAAGCUGAGCCUCAACCCCAUCUACAAGCAGGUGCCCCAGGUGCUGGAGAGGUGCUGCAGCCACAUCGAGACCCACGGUCUUCAGACGGUGGGGAUUUUCCGGGUUGGCAGCUCGAAGAAGAGGGUGAAACAGCUGCUGGAGGACUUUGACAGGGGGGUGGACGUGCAGCUGGACGAGGAGCACAGCGUCCACGACGUGGCGGCGCUGCUCAAAGAAUUCCUCCGAGACAUCCCGGACCCGCUGCUGCCCCUGGAGCUGUACCCGGCCUUCCUGCACGCCAACUCGCUGAAGGGAGCGGACCAGCUUCAGUACCUGCAGCACCUCCUCUACCUGCUGCCCCCCUGCAACUGCGACACGCUGCUGCGCCUCCUCCACCUGCUGCACACGGUGCAGAGCUACGCCCAGGACAGCGUGGGCACCGACGACCAGGAGAUCCCCGGGAACAAGAUGACGGCCGCCAACCUGGCGGUGAUCUUUGGGCCCAACCUGCUGCAGAGGGAGAGGGGGGGGGACGGCAUGGGCAUCGAGGACAGUGCGGCCAUCAUCGGCGUGACGCUGCUGCUGGUGCAGAACCACAGGAGGCUCUUCAUGGUCUCAGCCGAGCUGCAGCAGGAGGUGCUGAUGAGUCUGAUCCAGACGGACCCGGACAUCAUCGACUACCUGCUGCGGAGGAAGCUCAGCAGUCAUGUGACGGCGGAGGGCGGCGGGGAGUCGGGGGGGCGGCGGGACACGGGGGCCUCCCUGGACUCCGUGGGGGCCUCGAGUGGGAGUUUGUCCCCCCUGGAGCUCCAGUCCGACGGCAACAGCCUGACCAGCGAGGUCUUCCUCAACGUCCUCAAACUGAACCAGAGCAGGAAGCGGCAGGACACCAGAUACGGUGAGCCCCCUUCAGGUAAAUCCAUCCGCCACAUGCGUCAGUUCCACUCCCACCACAACCUGCUGAGCCUGUCCCAGCCGCCCCCCCCCUCCGCCCCCCGCAGGGGGCUCGGCAGCUGCUCUGGUCUGAGCGGGUCCACGGACAGCGGCGUGUGGGUGAGGCAGCCCCCCCACGAGGAGGCCGCCAAACUGGCACCGGCCUCCAACUUCUGGGACUUCUUCACCGGGAAAGGGUCGAGCUCGGAGACGAUGGUGUGAUGGAGGAGGGGGGGGGGGGGGGGUCCAGAUGUUAGUUAACAUCGUGACACGGCAGCACGACAGGCGGGACCCCCAGGCUCUGAUGGAGCUGCAGGAGACUCACCAAAGACUUUGUGGUGAUUCACGUCGGAACAAAACGUUGCAAGAAAGAGAUUAAAUAUUGCAGUAUUCAUUGAGAUGUACUUCAUGACCCCCCCCCCCCCCGAGUAGGACCCCCUCCCUGUGUGUAGCUGCAUGGACUCUAACACUUUAACACCGUCUUUGCUUCUUGAGCUGCAUUAACUGUA